AACUUGUCACAGUCAGUAUCCCUCUUCCCUCUCCCCUCUCUAGAGUAAAAAUUCUCUCUUUUGCUUUCUCUCCGAGAUUUCCCUCACUCCCUCCCUCCCUCUCUCUCUGGGCGGUGGAUUUUUGGAGCUCUCUGCAUAACCACAAGCUGCCAUGCCACCGUGCUCGGCGGAUCACGGCGGCUUAUGCAUAGCCCCGUCCACGGGCCUCCUCUUCCUGCUACUCUUCUCAUUCUUGGCCACCAGCACCACUGCUUGCUCCAACGGCAAUUGCCAGGUUUUAGAAGCUUGUGCGGCGGCGACGGACUGCGGGCCGGGUCUUUACUGUGGCAACUGCCCUGCUUCCGGUAGGAACCAGCCCGUGUGCACUAGAGGCCAAGCAAUCGUUCCCACUUCAAUUAUUAAUGGGUUGCCAUUCAACAAGUACACAUGGUUGGUGACUCAUAAUUCUUUCAGCAUCGUUGAUGCGCCUCCCGUGGCCGGUGUUCAGAGACUCACAUUUUACAACCAAGAGGACACUGUUACUAACCAGUUGAGGAAUGGAGUGAGGGGGUUGAUGUUGGAUAUGUACGAUUUCGAGAAUGAUAUCUGGCUUUGCCAUUCCUUCAAGGGGCAAUGUUACAACUUCACUGCAUUUCAACCUGCAAUUAACACUUUGAAGGAAGUGGAAACAUUUCUAAGUCAGAACCCAACAGAGAUUGUGACCAUUAUUAUCGAGGACUAUGUGAAAACUCCAAAAGGUUUAACAACAUUGUUUACCAAUGCUGGGUUAGACAAGUAUUGGUUUCCUGCUGCAAAAAUGCCAAUAAAGGGUGAAGAGUGGCCCACAGUUACUGAGAUGGUGCAAGAGAAUCAUCGGCUUCUUGUUUUUACCUCUGACGCUUCAAAGGAAGCACAGGAAGGAGUAGCUUACCAGUGGAAGUACAUGGUGGAAAACGAAGCUGGAGAUCCUGGGGUAAGACCGGGCUCAUGCCCCAAGAGAAAAGAAUCAAAGCCUCUGAAUUCAAAAAGUGCAUCUCUUUUCUUUCAAAAUUAUUUUCCAACAUAUCCAGUUGAAGCUGAAGCUUGCAAAGAGCAUUCAACUCCACUUGAGCAGAUGGUUGGUACCUGUUAUAAAGCUGCAGGGGUGAUGCCAAAUUUUUUGGCAGUCAACUUUUAUAUGAGGAGUGAUGGAGGAGGUGUGUUUGAUGCUGUUGAUAGAAUGAAUGGCCCAGUGCUUUGCGGGUGUAGUACUGUCAGUGCCUGCCAGGCUGGAGCACCUUCUGGAUCUUGCAAGAACAUUUCUGUACCAACUAGAAAUCCAGUGACCAACAAUGCAGGAAGCUUUACUGGCUCUGUUCAGUUUUCAAGAUCUGCCUCAAUACUCUAUUCUCCAAAUCACUUGAUUGUCUUCUUGUUUUAUAUUCCGUUGAUGGGAUUUUUGCUAUGACCGCAACAUCUAAAUACUAGGAUAGGUCAUUAGUGAGUUACUUCUGGCAGUUGUUCUAAUAUGUCAUACUAAAGUUUAGAGUGAUAACCGUUACACCCUGCCUAGUAGAGUGGAAGGUAAAGGAGUGGUUCUGUGGUUCUAGAGUAAUGACGCGAGAUUGUAAAGAAAAAUCUUUUAUAAUUCUAUUGGGACAAGGAUUAUAGAGUUGCAGAGGCAUCUGAAGUAGAUAGUUACCACGAAGGACCAAGAAUGUACCAGAAAUCAGUUCAGGUCUUUUGUCAGGGAGCGGUGUGUACGUAGUAUAAAGAGGAGAUUGUUCGACUUAGCAUUUGUAGAUGUGCUGGUAUUACCCAUACUAGGUUCUCCUAAUUGUUGUAUUCUAACAUUUAAGUUUAAAAGUCUUGUUUUAUUCGCUUUCCUGCGUAAAAUCUGGUGUUUUGGUCUUCUGGUCUUUGGGUCUUCCUUUAUUCUCUUAUUUGCAGAGACUCAAGACCUUUACAGAGGGUUAUUCCGAAAGAUGUAGUUUGAAAAAUGGAAGGUUGAUUUAGUUCUCCACUUUA